AUGAAAGAAGAACAAAGGUACUGGGAUGUUAUUCCAAGUGGCGAGGAAGAAUAUGAAGUGAAAUUAGCCCAUGAAGUUUAUGUUGUUCACCUUGAAAGCAAAACUUGUGGCUGCAGAGCCUGGCAACUCAGUGGUAUCCCUUGUGUGCAUGCCAUUGCUGCUAUAUUAUACCUGAAUGGAAAUGCAGAGGACUAUGUAGCCGUAUGGUUUAAAACAAGCAUGUUUGGAAGUUGCUAUAGGUAUCCAGUCAAACCAAUAAAUGGAGCUAACAUGUGGCCUGAUGUUCUAUUUGAUCCCAUAUUACCACCUCGGCGUAGGAGAAUGCCAGGAAGGCCCAAAGUAAACAGAAUGAAAUGUCCUACAGAAAAUGAAGGAAAGCAUAAAAUUAACAAGACAGGGAUGUCCAUCUCAAGAUGUAGUAAUUGUCAUCAAGAAGACACAACAAGAGGCGAUGUCCAUUGCUCAAAGAAGCAAAUAAAGCAACUGUUAGUGAAGGGGAUGUUGAAGAAGGGAUUAGUGAAGGGGAUGUUGAAGAAGGGAUUAGUCAAGAUGGGAUUAGUGAAGAUGGGGUCAAUGAAGAUAGGCAAUGAAGAUGGGGUUAGUGAAGUUGGAAUUGGUGAAGAAGAGGCUGUUGAAGAAGGCGAUAUUGAAGACCACCAGGAGGAUGAAAUUGAACAACAAGAGGAUGAGAUUGACCAUCAAGAAAAUCAUCACCAUCAGCAUCAACCUGUUUUUUUCAGCAUUUUGUUGCGAACAAAAGGCGAUUACCUUCUGAGAGGAUCACGAAACUGA